AUUGAGUUCUCUUCUUGUUUUUUGGUUCGUCUUUUAAAAGUAACUUCAGUAUGCAUUUGUUUUAACAAUAGGCUAGAAGUUGUGUGCUAGAUUACAUAUUUAAUUAAGCUUACAUAAUUUAAUGUGUAUCAAAUCUUAGAGUAGUGGUGAAAACCUUCCAAUUCAGUCCUCCUAAAAUUACAUAUGCAAGAAACUGAAUGAUAAUCAGCUGGCAGGGCAUUCUCCAUUUGGGCUUCGGAAGGACAUUGUAUCACUUGAAUUCCUUACGGAUUGGGUAUCAUCAAAUCUACAAAGGGAAGAUCUGGGAUCCUGCUGUCCCAUCUAUAGUUACAUUGUGAAUGCAUUUGGGCAAGUUCACUUUGUUUGUCUGUUUGAUUAUAUCACCAUUUCUUUACUGAUGGGAUUUUCGUAAUUCUUCUUUUGGAUGUUUGUCAAAUUGGGCUGUUUUCUAGAUAUAGAGUUCCUACGUGGUUAGCCCAUGUGGACAAAACCAUUCCAACUACCCUUUGGUUCUUCUGUACAGUGAAAUGUGACCUGUAAGGCAUUUCCUUUUGUUCAUAUGUACAUUAUGGACCAUUUGAGUUAGUGUGGUGGUAGAAAUCCUGGUCAAUCUAGGUUUUCAGAGUGGUUCCUCACAUUAUGUACAUUGUCAUGUUCUUUCUGUAGUUAACCCAUCUUUGGACUAAGGUAGGGUAAGAAUUACACAUUUACACUUCAGUUUUCAAAAUCAUGAACCAAAGGAGACCCCCGGCCCCAAAGGAAAAUAUGAGAGCAAGAAAAUCAUCACUUUUUAGUACUGGUAAGAAGAUGAAGCCUGCAGAUGCAAGAUCUGUCACAGACAUGGUGGAGAGUGGAGAUAGUUCUUCUAGAAAGCUGAAGCCUCCACACAUGGGGCCUGCCACUGAAAGGAUGGAGAAUGAGGACAGAAUCAGUAAUUUACCAGAAACCAUUCUUUGUCGCAUACUUUCUUUCCUUGACAUGAGAUAUGUUGUACAGACCAGCUUAUUGUCCCGAAGAUGGAGAUAUAUCUGGACUUCUGUGCCCAAUUUAGACUUUGACCAUCAAUACUUUCUCUCAAGGAUAGGAGGAAGAGAUGAGUCCAAGAAUGGAUUUAUGGAUUUCGUGGACAGGGUACUGCUUCUCCGGAACAGCUCUGACAUACAGAACUUCUGUAUCUCCUGUGGCUGGUAUUGUGACAUUAAUCGCAUUCAUUCAUGGAUCUUCGUUGCAGUGAGGCGUAAUGUUCACCAGUUCCAUCUCAAAAUCAGACCAAAAGAACCCCUUGAGUUACCGCUCUGCCUGUUCACUUGUAAAUCAUUGAGGGUCUUGAAGUUGGACAUGGAUUAUGUGCCAUUGGAGCUAAAGCUUCCUGAUUCAAUGAAUUUACCUCUGCUGAAAACUUUGCAUCUUGAAUUAGUUAAUCUGGAAGAGAAACUGAUUGCCAAGAUCUUAUCUGGCUGCCCGGCUUUGGAAACUUUAAUUUUAAUAAUGUGCCAAUUUAAGUACGCAAAGAAUAUCAUUAUUUGUUCACAUGAGCUGAAGAAAUUGGUAGUAGAAGCUUGUUCUAUGGAUCAUUGUGGCUCAGAUGAUUGUAAGGUCAAUAUAUGGGCCCCAAAUCUUACAUCAUUGAGGUGUGUUGAUUACAUGACAAAAGAGUAUUUCCUAGGGAACCUGUCUGCUCUGGUUAGUGCCGAGUUUGAUAUGAAAAUAGGGGAAGGUCGUCCAUUUGAAGAAACGGUGGAGCUUUCUAUUGAGAGGAAGCAAUUGUAUGCUCAGCGUAUGAUAAAAUGUUUACGAGGGCUUUGUAGAGUAAAAGCAUUGACAUUAUCGGCCUUUAUGCUUGAGAAGAAUUUAUCAUGGUAUGAAAAGCACCCAGUUUGUAAUGAGGCUAUGUUGGAUGUGGCAAACAAUGGAGACAAUUGGGAAGCAGAAUUGCCACUUAAGUGCCCAUUGCAUCACCUCAAGACUGUAGAGAUGCGGAAUCUCCAAGGAUGUGAAAAUGAACUCAUGUUUCUGAAGUUUGUUACUGCUGCUGCAGAGUUUGCACCUCUGAGGUGAACAGACUAUCAUAUGAAUCCUCAAGUGUAACUCAACACAUGUUGGAAAUUAUGUUUUCAGCCCCUUUCCCCCUCUCAGCCAUCAACCUUUAGUAGCUAUCUUCACCAUCAUCUGUGGUGGUGCGCAUUGCAAUGAGGCCUAAUGAAGGAACUUCCUCAUCCAAUCCUUUUGGUUGACCAUGGGGUGGGGACUUGAAUAUUUUCCUUUCCAUAGAAGGCAGAAAAAGAUCACUGUUGGAGUUCUUGCUGUCAAAUAGAGAGAUUGUGGGGGCUGAGGAGGAGGAGAGGAGUGAGGGGAAGCAGAGAAAAAAGAUGACCAAGGAGGUGAAGGACCAAGAUGGCAAUAUGAUUUCACAUGGAGCUGGACCUUGAGAAAGCUAUCUUCAACCAAUAAAUUGAAAACAAAACAUGUUGUCAAAAAGAAGAAAUUUAAGGUGGUUCAAGCAAGUAAGAAUCUAGUUAAGGAGACGGGUAGAGUCACUUCUGAGACUUGCUUAAGCACUCUUAAACCCCUAGCUAAUUCUAAUUUGUGUUUUUAUUAUCCUUAAUUUGAUGUCUGUGUUGAUUCCACCA